UAUGAUAAUUGAUAACAUAAAUAAUGAAGAGUCGUUAAUUUACUGGUUAAAUGAUGAUAAUAUAAUUGUAACAGACAUUAAUAUUUCUAAGUUCAAUCAGAUUUUACACAAGGAAGACAUAAGUGAUGACAUCAAAUUCCGAUCUAUGACGAUUGACAGAACAAACAUUUACAUUUUAACAUAUAAUUCUCAGUUUGUAUAUACACUCUACGUUUUCAAAAAGAAAUAUGCAAGUCUCAAGAACGUCCCAUAUGAAUACAAAUAUGUUAUAAAAAUACCAAUAAGCUCAGAUAAAAAUGUGUUUUAUAAAAACACAUAUAUUUACGCUUUUGAUAAAUCUUCACAACCAUAUCCUCCAAUGAGAUGUCUGACAUUUGACGAAAAAGUUUAUAAUUUUGAGAAUGUGACUGCAACGACAAACAGCAUUAUUGUAUAUCUUCCGAUGCCGGUUGUAAAGAGUGGAUGCAAAAAAUAUAAUUUACCAACUACUAUAUAUACUAUCUUCGUAAGCUGUUUAGACAACAAUCUCAACAAGUCUGAAGAAUUCACUGUGCUGACAGGCGAGCGACAUUACAAGAUUCAGAACUUAACACCAUUUACAGAGUACAAGUUGAAGUUUACUUUAAGCAAUUUUUACUUUGACCAAUUAUCAAUAAAUCCAUUCGAUUCGAACGUGAUACGAAUAAAAACUAAUUUGGGCAAGCUUAAUGUACCAGAAAACAUAAGUGUUUUAGCUUUGACGCCUACUAUAGCAGUAGUUCAUUGGAUGCCACCCAAGAAAUUGAACUGCGUGGUUGUGACCUACGAAGUGCAUUGGAAGUUAGUGAACGACACGCAACAAGAGAAUAAACAAUUUAUCAAUGUGCCGAAACGUAUGGCAGACGGCAGAUUUUUCACAAAGAUUAACUUAUCGCUACCAGUACAAGAUUACUUGAUAUACGUACGUGUGUAUCCAAGUAAUUUCAGCGAUUUCUACAACGAGAGUUUAAGCAAGAUCGAUCACAUAUACUCAGAACCAAAUAAUAUUACUUUGAGCGGGGUCAACAUAAAUAGCAUGAACAUUUCAUGGAUCUCAAACAUCAAUCUGACGAUCUUUUCUGCACUAGAGUACAAAGACGUUUCAACAAAAAAGUGGCAAACAACGAAUGAUAUUAGAACGAAUUAUAACGAAGAAGUAAUAUACCAUAUCAAAAAUUUACAAUCGGGAACUUCAUACCAGUUUCGCGUGAUAUUGAGAUAUCCCGAAUAUGAGGAAAAUUUUACAUGGCCAGCUGAUGAAAGAUUUAAUUUUUCAACAGGUGGUAGCAAACGUGAUAUUUCGGACACUCCUCGAAUAAUAGCGAAAACAUAUUACUCAUUAAUGUCAGGUUUUAUCGUUAUAGUUAUUAUAAUCUGCCUCUGCUACUUUUAUUAUUUGGUGUAUCGUGAACGCAGAAGUAAUAAUGAUUUGACUACAAUGACCGAUAUAGAAUUGGGGAUUCUACAUGAAGUAUCUUGCGAGUACACUCAAUUCAAUACGACUUACAGUUCUAUGUUACAUUAUAAUCUGAAUGAAUGUGCGAUAACUAAAAUUGCACGUAAACAGAUUAUAUUUACAAAACUUAUUGGUACCGGCGCAUUCGGAAUGGUGUAUCAAGGAAAUGUGAAAAACUUAGAAAGUUCGGACACAGAGAUGUCCGUUGCAAUAAAAACGCUUCGGAAAGAUCCUUCUUCACAUGAGAAAAAGAGAUUGUUAAAGGAAGCCGAGAUUAUGAAUCGUUUUCGACACAAACAUAUAUUAAGAUUGUUGGGCGUUUGUUUAGAUGGGAUUUCUCCGUUUCUAGUGUUGGAAUUCAUGGAAACUGGUGAUUUGUCAAGAUAUUUGAGAGAUUGUCGAAAUUUGGAAGCGUCAGAUUCGCACGCUCUGCGUUUGCAAGAUUUGUUCGCCAUGUGCGAAGAUGUUGCGCGAGGUUGUUGCUACUUGGAAAAAAUGCGUUUCGUACAUAGAGAUCUAGCGUGUCGCAAUUGUUUAGUAUCUUUGAGAAAUCGUGAGAAUCGUAUUAUCAAAAUUGGAGAUUUUGGAUUAGCUAGAGAUAUCUACCAGAAUGAUUAUUAUCGCAUGGGAGGAGAAGAUUUACUUCCUGUUCGCUGGAUGGCACCCGAAUCUUUGAUGAUCAGAAUAUUUACUUCUCAAAGCGAUGUUUGGUCAUUUGGUGUUUUAAUGUGGGAAAUUACAUCGUUAGGUGACAGACCUUAUGUUGCCAAGACUAAUGCGCAAGUGAUAAAUUAUGUACUUGCUGGAGACAGGUUACCGAUGCCUCUUAACUGUCCGUCCGCAUUGUACCAGUUGAUGCUACGUUGCUGGAGUGCAGCGGAUGCUAGACCAAAUUUCGAAUUUUUUUUGAAAAAUAUUAUAGCAUUAAGAAAGAACAUAGAAGAUGCCUUACUGAAUCCAGUCGAUAUUCUUUAGCCGAUAUAAUUAAAUUAAUGUUUCUCUUCUUUUCGGUACGAUUCGA